AGCCGGGCCGGGUGUGUCCGGUUAGAGCCCGAGAGCGCCGAGCCGCCUCCGCCCCGCUCCGCCCGGCCGGACCCUCCCCCCCGCUCCCCCUGGCGCGGAACCGCCCGGGAGCCCGGGCCUCGCCCUGCAGCCCCGGCCCGCUCGGCGGGGAGGAGGGAGCGGCGGGGAGGGACCCGCAGCCGACUCAACUAUUCAGCAGUAAGAGAGUCGCUGGAGAGGCAUCGACCUGCAUGGCUAGUUCUACACUCUGCGAGCAUGAGGGGAUGCCCAACAUGUGUGCAGGUCAACAGGGCAUUGCUAAGAAAACCGUCUAGCACAUGGUGUGCAUGUGCACCCGCGUUUGGAAUAAUAGGGACCAUACAUAUCGAAGAACCUCCAGUUACAGGAAGUCCUUUGAAUGAUCUAAGCAUUCUUUGGCAGCUUUCCGCCUCCAGUGGUGAUGUGUUGACGGAAGGAUUUCUGAUUGUGACCUGAAAGCUGGAACCUGGUGGUACCCGCUGAGCCUCCACGAUAGCCCUGGGGCUGGUGGUGGAGUUCUUGCAGCUGACUUCUCCUUUUUUAUGCUCUUUGGCUCUCCAUGCGAGCCAGAGACAAAUGGAUGCAAUCGCCAGCGGCAGCCUCAAGAGGAAGUUUGAAGAUGUGGAUGUGGGCUCACCCGUCUCCAACUCGGACGAUGAGAUCUCCAACAGCGACAGCGCCGACAGCUGCGAUAGCCUCAACCCCCCAAGCACCAUGGGCUUCAUACCCACGUCCAUCCUGAAGAGGCAGAAGCAGCUGCGCAGGAAGAAUGUGCGUUUCGACCAGGUGACCGUCUACUAUUUUGCCCGGCGCCAGGGCUUCACCAGCGUGCCCAGCCAAGGGGGCAGCUCCCUGGGCAUGGCCCAGCGCCACAACUCCGUCCGCAGGUACACGCUGUGCGAGUUCGCCCAGGAGCAGGAGGUGAAUCAUCGGGAGAUCCUCCGGGAGCACCUCAAGGAGGAGAAACUCCAUGCCAAGAAAAUGAAGCUGACCAAGAACGGCACAGUGGAGUCAGAGGAGGCGGACGGCCUGACCCUGGAGGACGUGUCAGACGACGACAUUGAUGUGGAGAACGUGGAAGUCGAUGACUAUUUCUUUCUGCAGCCACUGCCCACCAAGCGGCGCCGAGCCCUGCUCCGGGCCUCCGGGGUUCACCGCAUCGAUGCUGAGGAGAAGCAGGAACUGCGCGCCAUCCGCCUGUCGCGAGAGGAAUGCGGCUGCGACUGCCGCCUGUACUGCGACCCUGAAGCCUGCGCUUGCAGCCAAGCUGGAAUUAAAUGCCAGGUGGAUCGCAUGUCCUUCCCGUGUGGCUGCUCCAGGGACGGCUGUGGGAACAUGGCCGGGCGAAUAGAAUUUAAUCCCAUCCGGGUGCGGACUCACUAUCUCCACACCAUCAUGAAGCUGGAGCUGGAGAACAAGCGGCAGGUGAGCCGGCCCCAGGCCCUGGAGGAGGAGUCUCUGCACGGCUCCGGCAACGACUGGCUGGGAACGCAGCCCUCGGAGACGCAAGACUUCCAGGAGUUCAUGGCGGAGAACGAGACGGCCGUCAUGCACCUGCAGACGGCGGAGGAGCUGGAGAGGCUGAAGGCUGAGGAAGACUCCAGUGACGCCAACAUAGAGAGCUUAGGAGUGUGCAUCCUUGAGGAGCCUCUGGCCGUGCCUGAGGGGCUGUGUCCAGGCCUACCCACGCCUAUCCUCAUUCAAGCCCAGCUCCCUCCGGGCUCGUCUGUCCUGUGCUUCGCAGACAGCACCGAGCAGGCAGCCUCGGCUGGGGGUGACCAGCCCUACUUGAACAAUGGGCCGGUGGUGUACUACCAGGUGGACCAAAGGUCCGUGCUGGGGGUGAAGGGGGAGAGUGGCACGGAGGAGUCGGAGACGCCCUCUCCUUACGCGAAUGAGAAGGAUCUGAGCAUCUUCUCCGUCCCCGUGGCCUCGCUGGUGCCUUGCAGCAGAGCCGUGGCCCCAAGCAAGACGGAGCCCUCCCUGCCCCACGAGAGCUGCAGGGCAGCCGCAGCUCCUCCGUUCCGUACAAACGCUCCGUCGUCCGGACUGGAGCAGGCCCCGGAGAGAGUGUGUGAGCUGCCUUCCCCGGAGGAGCGCUCCCUGGGGCCCGCCCUGGCUGUGUGACCCAGCCCCGGCCCCUCCAGGAGCUUUCGCUGAUGUCUAUUUAUUGACAGAUAUUUUAUCGAGUGGCAGUAGCCGCUGAGGAUUAUUUAAUUGGUAUCGGGGGUGGGAGCCAGGCUGCUUUGUAUGAUUUCAAAGAAAACCAAUGAAGCCAAGCGCUUGUGGCAGUCUCGAGAGGCUCCCUCUUCAGAGAGGGUGGGGCACCACAUCUAACACUGGAGGUGCUGCUCCAUGUGCCAGGUGAGGGAGGAGGCUCAGCUGAGCGAGGAGGCUCAGCUGAGCUCCCUCCCAUUUGUGGAACUGGGUGUGUCUCCCCCCCCCCUGCCCCCACAGGGACCAUCCUAUGUGAAUCUGUGUCUGUCUCCUAUAAGCAAUAGUGCGAAGCUGCCUCCUGUUCCUCCCUUUCGAGCACCGGACUUGGCCUGUGGGGCAGCAGGGACGUCUUUCCGUGGUUGCUUCUACCCCCCUCCCCCGUGAUAUCGAACGUGUUUGUGUGGCAGUCUCCAUCCUGCUUCUCCUCCCAGGUGAAACUGACAACAUUCCUACCGGGCCGUCUGCUUCAGCAUUGCCCUUGGAACCUCCUGUCUGAACCCCACCCCAGCAGCGGAACAGCCUGGGCUCUCCGUGCUCUACCCUGCCCCAGGGAGAUGGCUUUCUGUGGAUCAACCAUCCGCCGCGACUGGUUACGUUUCCUCCUUCGGCAUGCAACCAUUUUACAAACCAACCCCCCGCUUAGAGUCUCCUGCUCGUCGGUAGCUUUGUCCUGGCCCCCGCUUACUGCCUCCCAGCACUGCAUCACCUGCCCGUUAUGGGCUUGAUGGAGCCAUUCAUUUUUUUUUUUUAAAUGUGCUGAAUGUUUACUGGGCCAUUCUGUGACCCGUUGCCUGUAACUGACACUACAGUCCCUGGGCUGGGCUGUGGCAAACCCCUCUGGGAGCUCCCUCUUUGGACCUGGGCUCUUCCAACGGAAUUGCUCUUCUCUGUGGAAGUAUGAACGUUGGAUGGUAAAGACUGGUAACCUGGUGGAGACGGGGAGGUUCUAUCUAACUGUUUCCUAAUCAUGUCAAUGUUUUCUGUUUUAAUUGCACAGGAAGUGGAGUGGGGAGGGGGAGGACCAAGAACAUGAUCCAUGUGCUCACCUAAAAAAAGCUUCCUGCCACCCAGUCACUUAAUAGCAAUCCUCUGUCCUGGCUCAGUCGAAACUGGAGGGCGAGAGGUUUGCAUGCAAUGGAAUUGCAGCCUUGGGUGACUGAGUGGGCAGCAAAUCGUUCAGUCGUUGGAAGAAAUUGGCCCUUUCCCUACUAGGGCUGUCUGCUGAAUUCACAGAGAUUGCAAAGGUGCAAUAUGUUGGUGGCAGAGAAGGUGCUGUGCUCUGGGCUUGCAUCCCAGCCUGGUGCAGGGAGGCACAUCAUCAUCAUUCUAAUAAGCCCCAGCAUUUCCCCCAGACUCGGGAAAAGACGAAAUCUUCUCAAAACUGCCGCAAUUUCUGUCCUAACAGCCCAUCAACCCUGCCUUCCAGGCAGGUAGCGAAAGCACUUUUCUCCCUAACUUCACAGGCAUCUUUCCUUCUGUGAUAAAAAGCUGGUACAGACCCCUUCCCGAGUCUCCUCAUUCUCCUGGCCCAAGGAGAACCCAGUUGUAUUUCUCGGCACUGUACUUGCUAAAGGGCCAGGACCCAGCACAACUGCAGCACUAAACUUCUGCGGAGAGCAGAAAUACCUUCCCCUUCUCUUUCAGAUGCCUGGAGCCUGCCAGGCUGCCACAACAAUCUCGUCUGUGUCACUCUGUUCCAUUACAGAUUUCUUAAGAGUUUCCCCUCCCAUAGUAAGUAGCUACAGCACCUACUUGUGCUGGAAGGAUACCAAGUAGUCAAUGGUGGGUUGGUUACAUGUUAACAGCUUGCUGGAUCUCUAGGUGAACAGGGCUUGGGAGCCCACUGUGUUUUGGUGACUGGUAUUUAAAAUCCACUUGCCGCCUGACUUUUGCCUGGCGCAGUGAACGUUGUGUUCAGCAAACUAGCUUUUCUUCUGGUUUAGACUGUGAACCUCCUCUGGCCUCAGUGUCCGUGUAUCCUUAAAUAUCAACCACGCAGUCCCCUCGCCUGCCUGCUGGGGCUAUGAGCACAACCCCAUCAACAUGACUGUGAGAAAUGGACAAGAACAGCUCACACUGGUGCAGGUGCUGAUGUUUCUCCUCUCCCUGGUUUGUUACCAGGGGAGGGGCACAAAUGAAAUCACUAAAUUCUCUAUUUCCAAAUUCCACACUCUGAGCUAUAAAGUUGGGUGCCCUAGAAUAGAUGGAGCUGGCCGGCCCACCCCCAGGGCAGCUGUUCUUUCAAAAGUGGGUCCCUAACCAGGCUGCUGAAUCUUGCACUUGGUGCCACCACAGCUCGGCAUCUCCUGUAGACAGCCCAAACACUGCCCUCCCCCCAUUUUUGUUGCCUUAAUUCCACAGCCAAUCCCCUUCCUUUGAGACAGACUAAAAGGCUUUAAGAGUCAUUCUUGCAGUAGGACAGCAACGGAGCUUCUUGGGCUACUGAGCGCUUUGAGCUUCACCCCUUGGCUGACCUGCACCCAGCAGAACGUGCGCUUGAGACGGGAAUUAACCAUUCACACCUUUUCCUAGCAGAUCCCUUUGAAGCCUUUAGCAGGGAGAAUUCCCCCCCCCCAGCAUUCCAAGAUGGUGCUGCCAGUGAGUAGGAAGAGGUUAGUUGAACCCACAGGUAAAGACUAAAGCUCUUCUCACCCCCAAUCCCCCAUGGAAUAAUCGUCACCUGCGCCAGUAGGAGGACAACUCCCUCCACUUCACACAGCUGACCUGGCUGUGUGUGUUGCUGAGGUGUUGAGUAACUGUGGAUUGGCCAUUUGCCAGACUGACUCCUGCGUGUAUCUAAGGGCUUUGGACAUUCGGUCUGCUCCUGUGAGAAGCAGGGCAGCUCUCCUCGGCGAGGGAAAGAGAGUGGUUCUGCCUGGUGACAUUUAAUAGGUAAUAAAGUUCCCUUCUUAGUUUGUAUCCAAACCCUUUGAUGUUACAGAAGCAAAUGAAACUAGGCUGGGGCCUUCUGGUGAUGUGGAAAUACACAGGAUGGCCAGAGGCUGGACUGCUUUGAAUGAAACUACAGAAGCCGCCUAGGGCAGCAGUUCGGAUGGGGGCUCUCGCUCUAAGCAAAGAACUAAUAGGAUUUAUUCUAUUUUUACAAAGAUAACUAAUGAAGGUGCAUUUUGGCCUCCCCCCCCCCACACACACACACUUUGUGACACUAAUGCUGGUACCGCACUGUCUCCUCCUAAACCACUUUUGUUAGCCAUGGAGUAAACCCAACAGCCCAUCUCACUUCUGGUGCUAUUGAGCUGUUGCCUGUUCCCAAUCUGAGACCUUUUGGUUCUAGCCCCUGCUCCUCUUCCGAUUUAAAUAGUGACUUGGCUACAUCUGACUUUUCCGGUCUCCUCGCACACACUGUACACAGGUGGAAUUUUCAAUGUGAAUCCAAAGCUUGUCAGGUCCUCUGCAUUUUUUUGACCUUUUAGGUUCUUUUCAUUGUGAUAAUGCUGUAUUUAAAGAGAAUAUUUAAGUGUAAAAAUAAAUAAAUGCUCAAACUUGCAUCCUGUG